CGAAAUAAACUAAAAAAAAAGUAAUAACACGAAACCUAAUUUCAAGGUCGUGGGUUCGAGACCCACGUUGAGCGGUAACUUGAAAAUUGUAUAUAUGUUUCAAAAAUCCUGGGCAUCAAUAUUCAAUGUCUAAACUUUUUUGAUCAUUCUUCUACAACCGUAACAAACCGUCCUAGUUUUCAGUUGAUAAAGGUUUCUCAAUCAGUCUUAUAAAAAUCACAAUUAAUUACCACUACCGUCCAGACAAGAUCCGCACUAUUCAACCCGACACUCACACAAUCUUGCCAAGAUUCGUAGAAACCGUUUGAAAAGUCCUGUACCAUUUUUAUACGCGUAAUACAAUAGCGUCCGGUUGACUGGAACGAAUUGCAAGUCGGAAUUACGUUUCAUGCUGUUACUUCAUCAGGUUUAAGUAAAAAAAAAACUUCCAUUAACGACAACGCAAUGCUAAAGUGACCAUCGCCAUAGUGUUAAAUGGUUCCCAAAGUAUAACUUAUUGAAUGGCAUAUAAUCACGUCUAGUUACUUUUUGAACAGCAAACGUAUGUUCUAUUCAAGAAAAGAUAAAGAAAAUCACAAUCCAAACAUCCAACGCAUAUCUAAUAAAUCUAAUGGCUCUCAUUUACUUUUGAAAAUUCUUCAAAACUAUUUUACUGUAUUCUUACCAUUAGGACUAUUUAUUCAUGCGUCUAUUAUAAAUCGCGGCGAAAGGCCGGCCCUGACCAGACGACGUGCUUCUCGCAGCAGCCUACCUUUUUGCCGCUUGUUUUGUCAGUCCUAUUGGAGAUUUUUUACUCAAACCGUAGAAUCGCGUUUUUACGAAAUAUACAUGCAUAUCACUUUGAUUAUGGGAGUUAUAUUACUCUGAAGGACUACAGGACGAAGAGGUCUUUCUCUGACAUUUAUUUUUCUACAACGUCACGACAUACAAUUCGCACGCUCGAUUAUUAUUCAGUUUCAUUGUCGGUUUGCGCGUAGCACUGCGAGGUGUCUGUGUGUAACUUGUUUAUCUUUUUUGCUUGGAUCAGUAGAUAUAUAAGAUGACAUAAACUAUUGCACAGGUAUUCUGCGAAACGAUAGAAGAUUUCGUGUUAAAGAAAUUCAUUUUUUUUUCAUUUAAUAAAAAAUCAAAGUGAUCUUAAUGGAGAUGUGUAGUUAGGUAUUACAUAGUUAAUCGCUUUCUUAUUAAAUCUGUUGGAACAACGCGAAAUUCUCACGAUGAUUUAGUGAUAAUCGAAAAUAUGUUAAACUUUAUAAAUUGGUGUUAUAAAAAAAUUCGUGGUCGACAAUUCGGCGACAGCUUGCAAUGCCCUCGCACUGAGUUGGAACGAGCACGGGAUAAGGACAAGAUCCGCGAGGGUCUGCGAUAUAGGAAUCAUCCUAGACCCAGGCUCAUCAUACCUAAGAAUCACUGCAAAGAUUUCGAUAUGUCUCAAGUAGCACUGAUACCGGGCGAGGAAAAGAUGUCAGGAAGCCAUCCUUUUGAUAUGGUGAUGCUUGAGGUCGGUAUACCUGGUGAUACCUGGAGGUACCGCAUCGAAAGACAGCGACUCGCCCAAAGAUCGGAGUGGUUUCGGGCCAUGCUUCUAGGCCCGCUCUCACCGGCUCCCACUGAUCCCCCACCAACAGUUAAACUUCAGCAUAUUGAGAAACGGGCCUUUGAUCAUUUGUUGAGAUACCUACAUGAUGAGCCGGUGAAUUUUCAAUCCGUAACUACUGCUAGGGCUACCCUGGAUGCGGCACAUCAAUACUUAUGCCCUGAACUUGCUCGACUUUCUGUCAAAUUCUUGGAGGCUAAUUUGGACUCUUCAACUGUCCUUGAAGUCUAUCAAGGACUCGGACUAUAUGCAGGAAAUCUUGAAACGGUGAAACCUCCUGGAACGCCUACCGCGCCACCUGCACCUGGGGACGAUGUCGGUGAAAUUGCUGAAGCCUGUUCUGGACUCCUAUCAGCAUGUAUAUCCAUCAUAGACUCUGAUCCUGCAACAGUCUUGUGUCAGGAGUGCUUUGAAGAUCUCAGUUCCAAAGAAGUAGCUGAUUUAGCAUGUAGAGACAGUCUUCGAUUAGCACAUGAGGGCACUCUCUUCGCAGCCCUGGAAAGAUGGGCAGCAUCAGAAUGUCGAAGGCGUGGAUUAGACCCAACAGCAUUUAAUAAGAGAGCUUCGUUACCUGAAGAGGUCUGGUACAGUGUUCGAUACCCUCUUAUGAAUGAUAGAGAGUUCAUUGAAGGCCCUAUGGCAAGUGGAAUCCUAACCAGCGAAGAGUCAGCAUUUCUUGUGGGUAGAAUUCUUGGUCACACCGAAGAAAAAAUUCCAGUCAAUGGUCCAUUAUCUAGGAUCUCAAGUGUACCAAGAGCUGGCACAAAUCUUUCUGGUAUCACCAAAUGGAAAACCUCCAAACCUGGAAAAAAGGAACGUGAGGAAAAUAAACGUAACAGACGAAAAGAGUGUGCCAGCCAAGGACAAAAAGCAUGUGCACGUAUCGGAGACUGUUUGGUGAGAGUUUUAGCUUGUGUAUUUGACUGAAGAACAGAAGACCUUAAAGAACUGAAAUUGUUAUAAGAUACCUCUUGAAUGUCGAAGUCUGAACCAUAUGUAUUUCCUACAUUGGUUGAGGUAGCAGGAUCUCUAGGUAGUAUGCAAAUCGACGAAAAAACCACCGACUUAAUUAUUAAAAAGAAUCGUCGAUUUGCACUUACUUCCUAUCGUUAUAUAGAAUAAUUAAAAACAUUUUCCUAAUUCUCCUGAAAACGAAUAAUCGUAUUUACGAGCUUAAAGAGAAUUAUGGGUAUUAACCCUGUGGAGACUUAUUUUAUAAUAUCGUAAACGGUAGCCAUUACGUUGUCGUCUUUUAUAAAAUAUGCCUGUAUAUAUAGACAUAUUUUAUAAAAAAAAAUGAAAUAACAGAGUGAAAUGUAUAUAAGUUCUCUUGAUAUCGACGCAAAUUAUUAAGCUUAGUAACUUUACGGUUAGCAGAGCGAAACUUACAUUCUUUUACCAUAUAAGUAAAAGAAGAAAAACGAAUUAAGAAAUUAGAUAAAAUUUCGCACACCUGCGCGUUUGUUGUUGUUUGAAGAUUUUAGAACAAAAGUAAAAUUAUUAUGUCGGAACCGAGGAGUAGUUAUUGAGAUAAUUUAUGAAUCGAUUUAUUUGUGGAAUUCAAAUGGUACAAUAACGAAAAUUAUGGAAAGGUAAAACAUUUUUUCCAAAAUUGAUGAUCUUUUUCAUCGAAAGAGAUUCUUAAGCGUUCGGCAGUGCGUUUAAUACUUCUGAAAAAAAAGAUUCUGGUGUAUUAGUUAUUUACCGUUAGUUUACUUAUAUAUACAUCGUCAGAUAAUAGGAUUUUAUAUAAGUCCUCAUAGUGCUCGAUAUAUAUUCGUUCGUUGUGUUCAUAUUUUGCAAUUGAGAGUAUAAUUAAUGUUUUAAUUAAUAUAAUUGAUUCGAAUUUUAAUGGACAAAUUCCCAUGGCUGGUCCGUGCGCGAGUAUAUAGAGAUUGAUCGCCUGUGGAGAGAAAAAUAUUUGAAAUGGUAUUUUCAUAUUUCUUGGAUCAAUUCUCAAAAAGUGAAGGAAGAAAUUUAAAAAAAAAUCAGGAAAUAAAAAUGAAUAUUACCAAAAUUGAUGACGUAUAUUUGAAAUUCGAAAAAAAAGUUGAAAGAUUCAGUGAGUUCGUUAUAAAGUCGAGAUCAAGAGAUAUAUUUAAAUCUCUUUUUAAUUUGCAAUUAGGCUUUUUGUCUGUUAUAAUAAUUGCAGUUUGUUAAUUAGAUUAGAAUUUUUUUUCUUAAUCCUUUAUACUGUCACCAUUUUUGAUUUUUCACUUUAUUGUCCUAGGUGCUUUACUUUAUUGUCAGAGAGCGAGUAAUUGUUUUACAUUUUUAAUGUUUAAAUAAUAUUGUCAAAAUGUUAUUCAUAUAUGUAAUCAUAAUGAUGAUGAUUUUUUAUUGAAUUGUAUGACGAAUGAAUGCUAGUGAAAGUAUUUCAUGUAUGCACUUAAGAAAGAAAUUAAACGUCAGAAUUUUACAUAA